GUAUGUGCCGAUAAGCAGACGUCCAUGAACAAGUUGAUUGACGAGGCUUUCCAAGCAUUGUUUCAGAAGUUGUCGACCUUGGACGAGGAUUGUCUGGACAUCCUUGCCGACGCUUUCGCGUUCCGCUUGUCCAACAAUUCUUUCAAGGCGGACUGGGACCCCUUUGUUGGAGCGCAGGCCACUGACCAGGCAAAGCGCUUUGCCAAACAAACCCUGCAGAAGUUGCAACGCCUGCUGGAGCACCAGAACCUGAUGCAUCGACUGCCUGAAGCGCUACAUGCACUGGCACCACUUGAGCCAAAGCCAACAAGUGGACUGGCAGUUGUUUCCAAACCGCAAUUUGGACGCAUGAUCAAUCUUGUCCGCCUGAAGGAUGCCAAUCCUGGCAAAGUGCUUGAGUUCUGUCGCUGGUUAAUGAGAGCUGAGGUGGAUGCCGAACAGAGCGAAAAGGCUGAACCUAGUCUUUGA